AUGUCAAACCUACUACUAGCCGUUAUGAUUUACGUAGGUUCAAAUAACACGUAAUAAUCUUGAAAAAGGUCAGCGUAACUCUGCACUAUGUGAUGGCAACCAUUGGGACGGGCUUUGUAUUGGUUGCGGGCUUCAUUAUCGCGUCCUACUUCCAAAUCCAGGCGCUCAAGUUUCUCGCCAUUCUCGUGGCAUGUGCAUUUUUUGUAAGUUCAGCCUGCUUGUCCUAAAACCUCGUCCUUCAGGCACCUGCUUUAGAACUUUGCCGCGAACUUUAUCCAUUCGAUGCAGCCGUUAUGAACGCCACACCUUCAACCGCCCGCGUGGUUACAUACGGCUCGUCGCAAAUCCACAACGGAGACGCCCGUUUCCUGGCGGAUGAGCGCAGGCGACGGCCGGUCGUCGUUCAUCCGGCGGUAGAAUUCGUUAAUCUAUUCGUAAUGCUUUGGAUCUUGACAACCAUGACGGGAGCGCUUAUGUUAUUGGUGUUUCGGGGAGGAUAUUUCGCAUUGGAUAUUGUCUUUGGAGCACGUGUCAUUUUGUAA